CUUUGUAUCGUUCUUAUCAGUGUAUUGAAUUCGACAGAGUGAGAGAACUUUCAUCGUUCGAAAGUUUGGUUAUUUUCGCUUCAAAAACGAUCAAUAAAAAAGUUAUUUAAAGAAUGUGGAAUGUGUUAUGGAAUUCUUAACGAUGAUUUGAAAUAAUCAUUGCUCUACGGUGGAGUUCGGCUCUCAGUGAUUACAGUUAUUUGACGUCUUGCUACAGUGUGCAAUAAAAUGAGUGAAGAAGUCGAAAACGUCCGUGUGGCUGCUAGGGUUCGACCCUUGAGCACCAAGGAACUAGAGCGAAAAUGUCGUUCGGUGGUUAAUGUAGAAACUUAUAAUAAUUCAAUUUACGUAUUCAACCCUAAUACCACUCAGCGAAGUAUUCCUAAAACAUUCAAUUUUGAUGUAGUCUUUGACAAGGAUUCCAAGCAGAUGGACGUUUACAACGAAUUAGCUCGGCCCAUAGUUGAUAAAGUACUUGCUGGAUACAAUGGAACCAUAUUAGCUUACGGUCAAACUGGUACUGGAAAAACGUUCACGAUGGAAGGUAUUAACGCGGAACCAGAAUUACGAGGCAUUAUUCCGAAUUCUUUCGCACAUAUAUUCGGACAUAUAGCAAAAGCGAAAGACGAUAUAAAAUUCUUGGUGAGGGUAUCGUAUUUCGAAAUAUACAACGAAGAAAUUCACGAUUUGCUGAGCAAAACAUGUUACUCUCAAAAUUUAGAAAUUAAAGAACGAUCUGAUAUCGGCGUUUAUGUGAAAGAUCUGUCGACUUUUAUUGUCAAUAAUGCCGAAGAUAUGGAACGUAUUAUGAUGAUGGGAAAUCGCAGGAGAAUUAGUGCUGCUACUGCGAUGAAUAUAACGAGCUCGCGUUCUCACGCGAUUUUCUCCAUAACCGUCGAAACGAGUAAGACAGGUUCGGAUGGGAGACAACGCGUUAAAGCUGGCCGACUGCAUCUUGUCGAUUUGGCGGGUUCCGAAAGGCAAAGUAAAACGGAAGCGACAGGUCAACGCUUCAAAGAAGCUACCAAAAUUAAUUUAUCGUUGUCAACAUUGGGUAACGUGAUAUCAGCGUUGGUGGAUCGAAAAUCUUCUCACAUUCCUUAUCGUAAUUCAAAACUAACCCGAAUAUUGCAAGAUUCAUUAGGAGGGAACGCUAAAACCGUUAUGUGCGCCACUAUUAGUCCUGCGGAUUAUAACUACGAUGAAACUAUUAGCACCCUAAGAUACGCUAGCAGAGCUAAACUCAUUCGUAAUACAGUCCAUGUGAACGAGGAUCCUAAGGAUGCCCUCUUGAGACAAUUCCAAAAAGAAAUUGAAUCUUUGAAAAAACAAUUGGAAGACGGCAAAGAGGAUCCCGAUAAAGAAGAUUCCGAAGAAACUACUGUACCAGCGGUUAAAAAUAUGGAUAUGGAGAAAAGUUUAGACGAAGAUAAAUUGGGUGAAAAAGUCAAAGAAGAUCCCGAAGCUUUAGCUCACGAAUUGGAAUUGAAAAACGUCCAAAAUGAAACCGAAGAAUUGAAAAGAAAAUUAGAGAGUCUUGAGAAAAAGAUAUUAGUUGGAGGAGAGAAUCUUUUAGAAAAAGUAGAAACACAAGAACAACUUCUAGAAAUGGCUGCCAAAGAACUCGAAGAACGUAAAGCUCGCGAAACUCAUCUCAGUGAACAAAUUAAACAAAAAGAGUCCGAAAGGUUGGACGCUGAAGAGAAAUAUUCCAGUUUACAAGAAGAAGCUGCUGCUUUAACAAAAAAGAUUAAAAAAGCUCAAUCAAUGUUGAUGUCUACCAAAGAAGAAUUGAAAGAUUUAUGCCACGAAAACCAAAGAGAAAUGGAAGGGUUGUUGGAAAAUAUUAGACAACUGAAUAAAGAAUUAGGCUACCUCGACGCUAUCGAAAAAUUCUACAUUCCUGAUGAUUAUCGAGAAUUGAUCGAACAACACGCUCAUUGGAAUGAGGAAAUCGAUGAAUGGGAAUUGAAAUGUGUCGCUUAUACCGGAAACAACAUGAGGAAAACUUUACCCCAAUCAAAUUCUCAAUCCAAUUUUGAGAUUCCUCCGCCAGAUUUAUCAUUUGUUUAUAAAAUGUAUCCUUCUAGUCGACAUCACACAGGCCGAACUCGAACUAAAUCAGCUAAAUAAUAUCAACGGAUAAAAUCGCUCACUAUGUAUCUAGUCGCUUGGAGUAUUAAUACUUUACUGUUUUUGUUACCUGCGUUUUUCUUUUCUUUUUUCAUUGUGUACGUGGCUUGAAUUAUAAUUACUAAUUCAUAUUGCAAUAAAUUAAUAUUUACGUUA